AUGAACAAUGCUGCCGGUAAAGUUCUCAUGGCCGAGGAAACGGGCAGCAAAAUACAGAUCUGGUCAAAAGGAGUUGUAGCAUGGCCAGUGCAGCGUAUCAUCACCACCACGUGCGUCCUUGACAUGUCCAACUUUCCAUUUGACAAACAGACCUGCAAAGUUGUAAUGAGCUCGCCAAGCUACACUAUAGACCAGUUAAUUUUUUCCAAUUUGAACGAAAAGGCGAGCUUAUCCUUCUACCAGGAGAACAGCGAAUGGGAACUGUUGGAUUCAAUACAGGAAGUCCAUAUCAUAGCCGACUCUGACCGAGAAAGCAUGGAUUAUGAUGUCAUGGAGUACUCCGUAUUCACCCUGAAGCUGAUCCUCCAGCGUCGGACAGGUUACUACUGGGUCCAUAUCCUGAUACCGUGCAUGUGCAUCUCACUUUUGGUUGCCUUGGCGUUUUACAUGCCCAUCGACUCUGGAGAAAGGGUGUCAUUCACCGUGACUAUAUUACUCGCCUUCACGGUAUACCAACUCCUUAUUGCUGACUCCCUUCCGAGGACGUCUGAAACAACUUCCAGAUUGUCGGUUUACCUGACGGUCCUGGUGUGCUUGUCCUCUCUUGCUGUGUUUCUGACGAUGCUGGUCCUAAACGUACAUCACCAAGACCCCGACAAGCCACUUCCCAAAUGGUUUAGAUGGCUGACCUUCAGAGGACUUGCAUUUCUGACCUUGAAAAGGCAAUCUGCAAGGAAGCUAGAAGCUGAGUUUUUCCCAAGUCACUCAAUGGUUACCCCUGAUCCAAGUACACUUUAUCCGAAAGAUUGCCGCUCGGUUGGUGCGGAAAGGAGCGCUAUCUCCCUUGUGCAGAUCGGAGGGAUGGAAAUUCAAAAUAACAAGGGCUUCACGUCAAUGAGAGAGCCAGAUUUCGAUGGACUGCUACAGCCCCCUAGCGGACAAUUCGGACCCUGCUGGCGGCUUGCAGCGGUGAUCCUCGACCGCAGCUUCAUGACCCUCUAUAUCAUUGUAACCGUGAUUUCCACCAUCAUUAUACUUAGCACCACCUGGCCAAAUGAUUUCUCAAAUGAAACCAAAACAGGAAAAGAAUGA